GGGUGGUGAUGAUCCUGAUUCUGGUGAUUCUCAUCCCGGUGCUGGUCAACUCGGUGGGCAUCGACGGGCACUACGAGAUGCUGGGCACGUGCCGCAUGGUCUGCGACCCCUACUUGGCCAAGACCACCAGCGCCAGCGCCAUCCGGACCGAGGCGGGAGAGACCCUCGCCAGCAGCGGCCACGCCGGGCUCCCCGCGCCGUCCACGUUGGUGCAAGGGCCGCAAGGCAAGACCGGGCGGCCGGGAAAACCCGGGCCUCCGGGCCCACCGGGAGAACCGGGUCCGCCGGGGGCCAUGGGGCCCCCGGGGGAGAAAGGGGACCCCGGGAAGCCGGGCCCCCCUGGCUUGCCCGGGCCGGGCCUGGGCAACGGGGCCAUCAGCACGGCCACCUACACCACGGUGCCCCGCGUGGCUUUUUACGCGGGCCUCAAGAACCCGCACGAGGGCUACGAGAUCCUUAAAUUCGACGACGUGGUGACCAAUCUGGGGAACAACUACGAGGCCACCACGGGCAAGUUCACGUGCAAUAUCCCCGGCACCUAUUUCUUCACCUACCACGUCCUGAUGCGCGGAGGCGACGGCACCAGCAUGUGGGCGGACCUGUGCAAGAACGGACAGGUGCGGGCCAGCGCCAUCGCGCAGGAUGCGGAUCAGAACUACGACUACGCUAGCAACAGUGUCAUCCUUCACCUGGAUGCUGGCGACGAGGUUUUCAUCAAGCUGGACGGAGGCAAAGCCCAUGGAGGCAACAACAACAAAUAUAGCACCUUCUCAGGCUUCAUCAUCUACUCGGACUGA